UUCCCGCUCCGAAGCGUCUCCGCCAAGUCCAAGUUUCGGUUUCCUCGGCGGCCUACGUACGAUUGAUUCUUCUCCGAUCAGAGGAGUAUAGAAUGGGUUUUAAGCACGCCAUGCUGCAGCGCAGUUACGAGCUGUCGCCCUCCCCGGCGCGCACACCACCCAUGUCAGCCAAUGUCACCACCAGAACCACCCACGAGGCGGCUCCUCCGGCGGCAGCUAUGCUUCCCGUUCAAGUCACGGACUUUAGCAUUAGCAGGAUACUGGGCAAGGAACGAAAAAGUGUCCAAGAAGCGAGCGCCAAUAUCCUCGAUCUCUCCAAGAGCAGCAGCCACAUCAGCAGCAGAGGUAGUGACCUGAGGUCAGCUCAACCAGGAGGAUUACCACCAGCAGUGCCGGUGUUGUCGUCACCCUACGGAUGCUACUCCAUGCUACCCCCGGAUCUGGUGGCCAUGGCCAAUGCCACCCAGUUCUAUGCCAAGUUCUUCCCGCACCUGUUGCCCGCCUAUGCGGCGGCAGCGGCUGCUGCAGGACUUAGCACUCCGCCCACUUCGCCAUAUCAGCAGCCUCUCCCGCAGCAGCAUCCGCCUCAGCUCCAGUCACAGCACAAGCGCUACUUUGCACCCUAUGUAAUUAAUGGUCAACAGCAGCAGCAGCAGCAGAUUCGUACGAAAGGCACUGCCUGCACCCGUCUGGACUGCCAGGAAUGCCUGGAAUACUACCAACGACUCCAGGCUGGCUACAAGCAAUCAACGCCGCUGAUAUCUCCGGCAGCCUCAUCCGUGAGCAGUUCCAGCGGUGUUCUGCGGCCAGCAAGGGAUUUGGCCAUGACUGCCGCCGGAGGAUCCGUCACCAGUAAUAUUUCCCUGAGUUCCGUUACCAAUCUGAAUCUGAGCCUAAACAUGACUCAGACAGCGGCUGUGUCCACUGUCGUGGGUAGCAAUGCUGGAGCGAUCGGUGGCUACAACACAGCUGCCGCCGAGGAGAUUAGCUACAAGUGCAGGAUAUGCGAAAAGGUCUUUGGCUGCUCGGAAACUUUGCAGGCUCACGAGAAGACUCACAAAUCACCGCGUUACGAAUGCUCGGACUGCGGAAAGGGCUUCUCGCAGCUGCGAAACUACAAAUACCACCUGUCCGUGCACCGGGGCACCAAGGAGUUUGCUGCCGAGUGUCCCGAGUGCGGCAAGACCUUCAACGACAAAGGCUACCUCAGUAGCCACAUGAAGAUCCACCGGAACCGCAAGGAGUACGAGUGCCCGUACUGCCCCAAGUCGUUCAACCAACGGGUGGCCUUCAACAUGCACGUACGCAUCCACACAGGCGUAAAGCCGCACAAGUGCUCCGAGUGCGGAAAGAGGUUUUCCCGAAAGAUGCUUCUCAAGCAGCACAUGCGCACCCACAGCGGCGAGAAGCCCUACCAGUGCUCCGUGUGCGGAAAGUCCUUUGCCGACCGCAGCAACAUGACGCUGCACCAUCGCCUGCAUUCCGGAAUCAAGCCCUUCAGCUGUCCCCUGUGCCCCAAGGCCUUCACCAAGAAGCACCACCUGAAGACGCACCUUAACUACCACACUGGCUGCAAGCCCUAUGUCUGCCCGCAUCCCAACUGCAACCAGGCCUUCACUCAGUCCAGCAAUAUGCGCACCCACGCCAAGAAGUGCCAGUAUCGUCCGCUGGAAGGAUCGGCCCCCGCUUCUCUUCCAGUGGCGGCGGGGAAGUCUUCACAACAGCUGCAGAUGCCGGUGCCGGUCAGUUUGGCCGUUGGCAUGGCUACGUCUCCGGCGUUUGCAAUGCCAAUGCCACCACCACCUGGACCACCGCCGCCGGCUCAGCAAUCCCUGCUCAGCAAUCUGAGGACAUUCUAAAGACCCAAAGUGGGGGAUCAAAAUAUAUAGGGCAUAGAGAGGUGCUGAAUCUACCAAAAUUGUAGAAUAAUCUUAGUUUUCCGUUUGUUGUUAUUCAUUUUAAAUCUAAAAUACACUUACUUAUAAUAUUUGAUUAAAUUUAAGUAAGUCAUACGUUAUA